GGAGAGUCGCUAACCCUAAUUCCCAAUUGUCUACGCUCUCCGAUCGGAAAAAGCGCAUUUCUUUCGUAGGAUCUUGUGUGUUAUGACCGAUCGGAACGUCAAGGAUAUAGUAUUGCGGUUGGGCGGGAGCUUGAGUGCGGAAUGGCUGUGAGGUUGACGGUAAACGCGAUCGCGAAAGUUAAUCGCGGUAAGCUCGACCUGAAACCGGUCGUCCAGUUGCUGGAUUUGAAGCAGGUGACGGGGGCGAAGGAGCGGUACCGGGCGGUGGUUUCCGAUGGUUCGGCGGCGCAGCAAGCUCUGUUGGCUGCUCAACUCAACGAGGUCGCUGAGAGCGGCGCGGUGGGGGUUGGCUCCGUCGUCAGGCUCUUGGAGUAUGUCUGCAGCACCGUGAAGAACCGGAGAAUUAUUGUUAUCGCGGACAUGAAGAUUUUAAUUAGAGACUCUGAGACAAUUGGGAAUCCUAAGCUGCCUCCGGAGAUCGUAUCAGACAAUCCCGAGUUUUCGAAUAGUCUCAGUAUAGGGUAUUCCGGGGAUCAGUCUUUCAAUCAGGCUACAAAUUCUUCCUCACCUGCAAAGCUUGUUUCCAGCUCUGUUAUGAAGUCUUGCAACAAAAGCUCGAGUUCAAAUGCACACCUCCAAUCCUCAUACCAGCCACCUCCCAACUACAAGAGCCAUGGGGCAAUUAUGAAAAAUGAAGCGCCUGCUAGGAUAAUUCCGAUAGCUGCUUUGAAUCCUUAUCAAGGUCGAUGGGCGAUCAAAGCACGGGUGACAGCAAAAGGAGAGGUCCGCCGAUAUAAUAAUGCUAAGGGAGAUGGUAAAGUAUUCUCCUUUGACCUUCUUGAUUCAGAUGGAGGAGAGAUUCGUGCAACUUGUUUCAAUGCUGUGGUCGAUCGAUUCUACGAAUCUAUAGAGGUUGGAAAGGUUUACCUACUAUCCAAAGGAAGUCUAAAACCCGCACAGAAAAAUUUUAACCACCUCAAUAAUCAUUGGGAAAUAUUUUUAGAGGCAACAACUACUUUGCAGCUCUGUCCAGACGAAGAUGGUUCAAUUCCAACACAACAAUUUAAUUUCAGAAAAAUAAGUGAUAUAGAGAAUGCAGAGAACAAUUCAAUUGCUGAUGUUAUUGGUAUUGUUACAUCUAUUAACCCUUCAGUGCCUAUACUAAGGAAGAAUGGUAUGGAAACACAACGAAGAAUUCUUAACUUGAAGGAUCUAUCUUCUCUUAGUGUUGAGAUAACUCUAUGGGGGGAGUUUUGCAACCGAGAAGGUAGACAAAUAGAAGAGAAACUUGAUUCUGGUUUAUUUCCUGUAUUAGCUGUUAAGGCAGGAAAAGUAAGCGACUUCAGUGGUAAGUCAGUUGGCACGAUUUCUUCUACCCAACUCUUUAUCGAUCCUAUUCUUCCUGAGACUCAUAUCUUGAGAGAAUGGUUUGAUGGAGAGGGAAAGGAUGCUUCCAGCAACUCAAUUUCGAGAGAUAUGAUGCCCGGUCUCCCUUCGAAUGAUUGCCGAAAGACUGUAUCACAGAUCAAAGGUGAGGGUUUGGGAAGAGGAAAUAAACCCGAUUGGGUGACAGUUAAAGCCAGCAUCUCAUUCAUAAAGACGGAUAAUUUCUGUUACACAGCUUGCCCUUUAAUGAUCGGUGACAGACUGUGCAAUAAGAAAGUGAUGAAGGUUCCUAGCGGAAGGUGGUCUUGCGAUCGAUGUGCUAAAGAAUUCGAUGAAUGUGAUUACCGUUAUCUUCUUCAGUUACAAAUGCAGGACCAUACGGGAGUAACUUGGGUAACAGCCUUCCAGGAGUCUGGAGUGGAGAUCAUUGGUUGCUCAGCGAGGGAGCUCUAUGAGCUGAAGCACCGCGAACACAACGAUCAGAGGUUUGGGGAUGUCAUUCAACAAUGCCUCUUUAAGCAGUACGUCUUCAGGCUCAAAAUCAAGGAAGAGCAUUAUGGGGAUGAGCAGCAAGUGAAAGUAACAGUGGUGAAGGCAGACAAAGUUAAUCCUUCCACGGAGUGCAAAUACCUACUUGAUUUGAUAGGAAAGCUCAGCACAUAGAGAUCAUUGGUUCUUAGUCUGAUCGAACAUUAAUCAUACGAUUCUUUAUUGGCAGUUGAAAGGUAUUCUUUACAUCAUUGAGUUUUCUAGAGGAUCCUCAGCAGAAACUGCUCUUCAUUGUGGUCUUGUAUAUGUAAAAUUUUAUUCAAUAAUCCAAAGUGAAUGUUUUAGGGGCAUUUAUUAUGGUACUCAAAAUCUGUGUUUUAUUAUGACAUUUUUUUCAGAGUUCACCUGCAAUUAAGUUAAUGUCGAACGUGACCUUCUGUUGUA